AUGCUUGCUGAGGAAACUGAUUUGGUUACGCAUUUGCUGGCAGAUAAUCGUAAACUUCGACAGCUUUAUCUAGUUGAACAACGAAAAGCACUGUCAGAACGGAAACGACGGAUUACAGCUGAAGCAAGACUUGCUGCCCUUCUUACCAAAGAAGUUAUGGAAAAGAAGGAACAAAAUUUAUCACACUGCUCACGUCUGGACCGUGAUUUAUCUAUUGCCGACAAAACACACAGAAGUUUACUGGAAAACGGUAGGAAUCCUAAUUCUACUGAUUCUUCUCAUCAAGUCAUCGAUUAUGCGGUCAAUUCAGUUCGUAAUGUGCAAGAUGCAGACAUUGCUGCAAGUGAUGAUAAAAUCAAUUUGUCACAUUGUGCUGAUCCACUGAACAGUAAAGCAAACACCUCACAAUUAUCUUUUACUACAAAAUCACAACAUUCCGAGAAGUCAGGAUCGAUGAGACUCAGUAGAUUUUGGUUAUUUAUUGACAGAAAUGGAGAGACGAAAUCAUCGGUACCUCCACCACUUAAUCAAAUACAGCAAAAGCGAAAGGAAGCAUUCAUAAGACGAAGUACCGAACGUCAAAUUCUUAUCCAAGAAGCGUCAAUGUGCCGUAAAGAACUUGCAGCUGCAAAACGUAAAGUUGCAAAACAGUUACUUGCUGGACAUACAGUAAAUCAAAAUGCUGUUCAGGUGCUUAGUUUAAUGGAUCGAGAAAUUUGCGCAUUCCCGCCUCAGGCGAUGGAGCACGAAACGAUCAGACGCAUUUCUAAAACGAGAGAAUUUCAAGAGAAAAAAAAGCGACGCCGCGAAGAGUAUGAUGCGCAUAUCAAUCGUCUUCUAGCUUAUUGCUAUAGUCAGGUGCCUUAUAGGUUUCACCGAAAGUACUAA